UUGCGACAUCGAGGUCAACCCACUUCUAUAAAUCGGAAGGAGACUGCGACCAUACCAAAGGCCACAUCAUCUUGGUCUUCAUAUCUUCAUAUUUGUGUAGGAUUUCAGUCUAUUUACUUCCUCUUCUCUUUUUAUAAUAAGGUACUCCUUAGCAACGAGGAUGAGGUGGACUGCUGCUUCGAGCAUCGCGAGGCAGCGACACUAUAUUGGAUCAUUUCGUCGUCACACGCAAGAAACGUGUUCAAGCUUAUCCAGCCAACGGCCUCCGAUUUAGAUAGCCCCCUAAGCAAUCAGACCGUCCAAGAUGGUUUGGUUCAGGUGCGCACGCUCGAUUCGAGAACAUGCCUUGCCAAACUGAUUGUGCAGUCGCACGCCUGCACCACGCGUAUUCGCAUCCAAUGCCUCAUUGGGAUUGCAGGAGCAGACGUAAAUCUGACUGCCAAGACAGUCGACGUUUUCGUGAUGGGAGAGCUGAACAGCGAACAGUAUAAGCACCAUCCGGCCUUCAUUAACUACCCGAUCUAUUUUCCGGGAAUCGAGGACAUUCAAAUUACACUGCCUUCCGGCCGCCCAGUGCCGCCAGAUAUGGUGAAUAUCACCAAGUUUCAUUACCCCUACUCUGAGAUCCACCUGGUUAAUAAGUCCCUUGGCCUAGUCGUCAUCUUGGCGCCGGAAAUUGGCGAAAUCGGAGAGUAUACAUUCUGGGUGCGUCGGCCGCAGCCGAACAGCUGGAAGACUAAACAAGAGCAAUCAAACAUAGAAAUACCUUGGGCUGAUAUCCGUGUCAACCUGACGGCGCAGACUGUUUUCUUUGCCAGCCGUGGAGUAAAUUCAACCAAACUCUGCAUAGUAAUAGGUGUCUACCUUCUAUUACUGAGUUUGGGCUAUUCUGGAAUCGUGUACAAAUCCAGACAGAGGAUGCUUUUUGAAGCCGAUAAUGAGACCAGACUCGACCGUUUAGGAAAGUGCCAUCGUGUGCAGGCACCCAAGAGCCUGGGCAGCCAGGCAGAUAUUAUUGUGAAGAGUCGCCGAUCCUACCUUAGCCCACGGUGGCGCCAAGAGAUUAUUUAUUUAUUGAUGAUUGAUCACUUCUACACCCUAUUGAAACCAAAAUAUCAAGAAUAUCUGGAAUCAGAAUAA